AUGACUCUCACUGCCAAAACCAUUUAUGAGCGUAUCCAGUACAUAUAUAGUCGUAACGAUGAGAAGUUCUUAACUUUGAGAAAACAGAAGGGAGCUUGUCUUGACAAAGAGGUGCUCUGGGGUGAUAUAAAAGAUGCCUCAGAGUUUCCAAAAUCCAUCCAAACCGAGAAUUUGGUGGUGAAGGCUACGCCUCAUCACUUGGUGUUCGAAAGUGAGACUUCUGAUGCUUUGUUCUGUGGAUUCGUUACCUCCAAAAUUGACCCAACUACUUUUGAUUUAUGGUUUAUGGCUACCAUUCUCCAAAAUGGAGCUAUUGGAUUUACGGAGGCAGAUCUUUCUGACUCAUUGAGUACAUUAACUCUUAAAUCAGACAACAUUGCGGAGAAAAUUGCUCAGAUCUUUGAGUCCACCAUCAAGCAUUGCGCUAGAAUUGACAAGUGGUCUGAAGGGAGACCUGAGUUUAUCCAGAACAUUGAGUUCUUCACUUCAAGAAGGUUGACCAUUGAGGCUGUCCUUCCUGCCUUCCCUUGCAAAUCAUCCAACAUCAGCAAGGUGGCUGGUACCACUCCAGACAAAGGAGAAGAAUUGGCUAUUGAGAGUAUUAUCAAAUUUGUUCAGCUGGUGAGUCGCAUCUACCAACCAGGAAUGAAGUUUUACAUUGUCAGUGACGGUCAUGUUUUUAGUGACUGUAUUAAUGUCGAUGACAAUGUAGUGGAUGCUUAUACUGAGGGACUCAAGGAGUUGUACUACAAGUUGAAACCCGAUGAUUUCCAUUCGAUCAUUUUCCGUGGCUUGAACGACUGUUUCGCUUCCGACUCGAAGCAUUUGGUUGAACCUUUGUUGGCAGACGUCACAGUAGAUCAUUUCCUCAACACCCAAUUGGACAAGGAGACUGAGGUGAACAGAAAAAUCAUGAUGCUAGGUUGUGAUGAGGAUGCUCUCAUGUUGAGACUGCAAAUUAACACUCCUCAACACCCAAGAUUGUACUUGUACAGAGGCUUCAACAAGUUUAUGUCUGAUGAUUUGAGCCAGUACCAACUGAGCAACCAGCUUUCUGGAAAGAAGUACAAAAAAUUAGUCUCAAACGUGGCAUUUGAAAUGAUUCGCAGGAAUGAUGCCUAUUCUAAUUUGGUAGAGUUGAUGUUUCCUUUCCAUUUACGUCUCUCCAUCCAUGCCCAUCCCAACUGUGGUCCCAAGUUCGGUAUUCGUUUGUUAGAUCCUAAGAUCUGUGCACCACAGAACCAUGACCAGGAUGUCGAAGAUAGAUAUCUUCACAUUCCUACUCCUUGGCACAAUGCCGUGUACGUUGUGGAGGGCCUUACCAAGAUGAUUGUUGGAGCAUCUAGUCUUGCACGUCAGUUUGAGCUGGAAUAUGUGGGAGGUUGGAACGCUGACGAAGGCUGUUUCGUGUAUUUCAAAAAGUGA